AGGAGCAUUGUAUACAAAUAAAAUAUUCUAUUUAUUGACGACAUUUAAAACACACUAUCAAUAUCUAAGAUUCGAAUGAUAUUUACAUUUAUUUCUCUAGCAAUAAAGUUCGAAUGUGCCUAUCAAAACUGGCCAUGGUGCUGUCAUUAAAAUUUGAAUAUUUUGCAUAAAGAAGCGCUGUUAUUCAUAUUCUUGGAUGGAAGUCUUCACUAAUAAGAGUUCUAAGUAUUGUUGAAUGACUGUUUGGAAAUCCUCGUGAAGUUGUAAAAAAUUGGUAUGUUAUUCAACAUCGGAAGGUACUUCAUAUUUUCCCAAAGGAUCACUCACCUAAGAACAUAUUUUCAAAUAAAAUGAGACAUAUAAUUUGCUUGCUGGAUAUAAAUCCUGACUGUUUAGUGAAAAUAUUUUCAUUCUGCAGCGAAAAGGAUCUACAAAACCUUUGUAAAGUACAUUGGAUGCUGAGGCAAGUGAUUGAAAAUAACAUCUUUAGCAUCAAAACGCUAGACUUACUUAUGUGUGGUCGUCGCAAUAACCCGAUCAUAAUGCAACGCACCCAGUAUGCACUAUCUUUUGGCAAACGUAUGGAAAUUUCUAAGAAUUGGUUAAAUGGCUGCUAUCGUGAGCAACAAUACUUUCACCGUACUAAAAUGUUUCCAACCAAACUCUUUCUUGAUAAAGAAUGGCUGUACUUGUCCUACGCUUGUUAUAUUAGCCAACAUAAGCGUUUAAAGAAUGAAGCAGUUCAAAGGAAGUAUUUUCAUGAGAUUUCGUCAAAAAACAACAACGACAUAUCAGAUUUUACCAAGAAACAUGAGUCCAUAUUUGCUGGCAGAGUAUCAGGAGGCUGUUUUAUAUACGAAGAUGAGUGCAUGACGGAACAACAGCUGCAUUGUCCCAAAGAAUACUUGUGGUGUGUUGACUUUGAAAGAAAUUUAUAUGUUACAAGUACUGAUCACUGUUCUAAAAUAUGGAGAAGAUCAGAGGAAAUGGGAUUGCUACAUCUGGAUUUAGUAUCAAACUUGAACGGCUCAUACAAAGCUCUGCAGUUCAGUAAUGAUGGGUUUCGUCUUUACGGUGGUCUUUACGAUUCAAUUAUAGAUCGCCGUGCACUGCAUGAAAUUGAUGUGGAAAGUGGGGCCGAAUCCAUCUUGAACUCCAAUACAAUUUCAAUUUAUGAUCUUAAAAUUAAAGAUGAAAAUGUGCUGUUUACCGCUAACUUCGACACUACCUUUCGAAUGUACGAUCGACGUUCGAACAAAGACGAGCAUAUAUGGGAAGAUCCGUUCGAUUCGUCGUUUUACUGUCUGGAAUACGAUGGCUUAUACGCAGUGUUAUGCGGGACUAAACAUCAUAGUCGAGUAAACCUAUAUGACAUACGUGUUCCAUCAAAACACAUGCAGUUAUAUUUCCCACAAUCCCGAGACAAACGCCGAAGAGAGUUUAGAUCAUCUCCUGUAUAUAGUAUAGCUUGUGAUAGUCGAUAUUUAUUUGUGGCCACAGAUCGCAGUGUGCAUGUAAUGGACUUUAAGGUGAACUGUGGCACAUGUAGAGACUACAGCAAUAUUAAUGUCUUUCGGCAAUAAUAAAUCAAAAAUAAAGUAUACUGGCACCGUUCAA